AUGGACGCCGGCGGUGUGCAAGUUCAACAUCAACCGUCCAAUCAAUCCUGGAAGAACACCAAUAGCUCAAACGGUGACCAGGGUAAACGGAGGGAUAGCAAUAGUAGUAAAUCCGGACCUGUUAACUUAAAAUCUAUUAACACGGAACGUGCCCAAAAUACGAAUACAAUUUCAAAGACGGCUGGAGCACAACCUCUUCGAACUCCAAAAACUGCACAGUUUCCUAGACCAAACCAACAAAACCAGCAACAAGUAUAUGCCAUGCCACCGAAGAUUGCAAAAUCUGUCCAACAACAGCAAAUAAAUCUAUCGAAGUCCUCACCUCCACAGACUGUGCUCAUUUCAAAUUCUCCUCCACAUACUUAUAAUUUGUCUGGGAGUCCUCCAAAGGACAUUAAUAAUGUUGCUGCAUCAUCAAAACAAAAAUCAGCCAGUUCAGCUAAACAUACACCAAAGCCGCUUAACUUGUCAAAGUCGUCCUCCCAAGUUCCAAAUUUAGGGAGGGUUCCUCAAACAGCAACGUUUCCACCGAAGGUGAACCGAGCUCUAAACCUUCCAAAUCCACCUAAGACUGCUACUUUUCCACCAAAGUCAGGAUUCCCGAAAGACAUUAGACAGGCUAUUAGAGUGCCUCAAUCUGCCACUAUUCCUCAACCUACCUAUGCAUACGUUUAUGGCGAGCCAGCCUAUAUUCAGGCUGUGGAACAGUCUCGCUUUAGACAUUACAGCAACGCACCCGCCCCUGUUAGAUUUGUUACAACAGACUAUCGUCAAGUUGGUCCAGGUACACCAGUUGUGGUUCUAAGUCAUCCCGAGGAUUCCGAUUCUCAGGGAUCAGGAUCAGCGCCACCGACUCCCGGUUACGGACCUCCCGAAGGGUUCGCUGGUUCAGACAUUUACGAUUUGUACCCCAUGCAAUACGAAGAGGAGGCCGAGGAAAGUCAAUAUGUUUAUUACUACUACGACUAUUCACAACAGGAUUAUCCACCUCAAACUCCCACAGGAACAUCGCCUCAACAGACGCGUCAAAGUUCAAUUUCAUCUUCCAUAAAGGAAGGGAGACGUAGGAGCGUGUUUGGAGGAGCAAUGAAAGUGCACCCUGACGCAGUGCUUCCAAUACGUCAACCAAAAGGCCCUGAUAUGGCUAAGAAUUUUGCCACUCGCAUUCGUCGUAAGGCUGUUAAUAAAUUAUACGCGGCUGCUGCUGAAAGGCGAAGUAAAUCGGCCGCUGACAGAAGAAAAUCUGCUAUGUUCUAA